ACUCCACUUAUCAAAUUCACCACCCACAACACACACACACAAACAAAAACACAGAGAAGAAGAAAAACCAGAAAAACAAAGGCUAGAUUUCUCUCUCGCUCUCUCUCUACGGAGAUGGAAGGCAAGGAAGAAGACGUUAGGGUCGGAGCUAACAAGUUCCCGGAGAGACAACCAAUCGGGACAUCGGCUCAGAGCGACAAGGAUUACAAGGAGCCACCACCGGCGCCGUUUUUCGAGCCUGGUGAGCUUUCCUCAUGGUCCUUCUGGCGAGCCGGCAUCGCUGAGUUCAUCGCUACUUUCCUCUUCCUCUACAUCACUGUUUUGACCGUCAUGGGUGUUAAACGCUCUCCCAAUAUGUGUUCUUCCGUCGGAAUCCAAGGAAUCGCUUGGGCUUUCGGUGGUAUGAUCUUUGCUCUCGUCUACUGCACCGCUGGUAUCUCCGGUGGACACAUCAACCCAGCGGUCACUUUCGGUCUGUUCUUAGCCCGGAAGCUGUCGUUCACCAGAGCUCUUUACUACAUAGUGAUGCAGUGCUUGGGAGCCAUCUGCGGUGCCGGUGUGGUCAAAGGGUUCCAGCCUAAGCAAUAUCAGUCUCUAGGAGGUGGAGCCAACACCGUGGCUCACGGCUACACCAAAGGCAGUGGUCUUGGAGCUGAAAUCAUCGGCACAUUCGUCCUCGUUUACACCGUUUUCUCAGCCACUGACGCUAAGAGAAACGCCCGUGACUCUCAUGUCCCCAUUCUUGCACCUCUCCCAAUCGGGUUUGCGGUUUUCUUGGUUCACUUAGCAACCAUCCCAAUCACUGGCACAGGCAUCAACCCAGCUAGAAGCCUUGGUGCUGCAAUCAUCUACAACAAAGACCAUUCCUGGGACGACCACUGGGUGUUUUGGGUUGGGCCUUUCAUUGGUGCUGCACUUGCUGCUCUUUACCAUGUGAUUGUCAUCAGAGCCAUCCCCUUCAAGUCCAGAAGCUAAGUUAAAACAAGACAUCAAGUCCUCUGGUUUCUGGCCUUGUGUCCUUAGUCAUUUCUAUUGUUAAUCUAUAUGAGUGAAAUGUGUGUGUAUGUGCCCUCUUCUUUGCCUAGUGCAAUCGUUGUAAACAAGGAAGAAACUCCCAAAAGUUCAACGCAUAAAUCCUUAAUUCGUGUUUAUAUUACAAGAAGCGGGAUUUAUUUGAAUAUUAUUAAUGUUUUAUUUAUUAAAAUAAAAUAUGGAUGAAUAAUUUAUUUAUUAAA